CUGUGCUACUGAGCAAUGACAUGCUUUGAUAUAGAAAUGCUAUUCCAACGGGGCACAGCGUCUCAUCCGCUAGGCUAGCUUGUUGGAGUGGAAAAAUAACUGGCCGCCAGCGAGGUUUCUGGAUAUCAAUUGCGUGACGCUUCCAGACAUUGAAUAUUUCGUGAAGGAGAUAAGAAGAGGUGGUCGUCAGGAAUCAGGACUACAGAGAAGCAUCAGAGCCCUUGAAGUUCUCAGCUUUGAUGCAGUACAGUGUACUGAGUGCAAGAUGACGGAAGAGGUGAUUGUCAUCGCCAAGUUCGACUACAUGGCCCAGCAGGACCAGGAGCUGGACAUCAAGAAAAACGAGCGCCUCUGGCUCCUCGACGACUCCAAGUCCUGGUGGAGGGUUCGAAAUGCCACCAACAAAACAGGCUUUGUGCCGUCCAACUACGUGGAGAGGAAAAACAGUGCCAGGAAAGCUUCUAUUGUCAAGAAUCUCAAAGACACACUUGGAAUUGGGAAGGUGAAGAGCAGAAAGGGGGGGAUGAGAGACACAGCCUCCAACGCAGACACAGACAUGUAUGCAGAUAACGGCGAGCGGCUGUACGACCUCAACCUGCCAGCCCUGGUCAAGUUUAGCUACACAGCCGAGCGCGAGGACGAGCUGUCUCUGGUGAAAGGCACGCGGGUGGUGGUGAUGGAAAAGUGCAGCGACGGCUGGUGGCGCGGCAGUUACAACGGACGGUCUGGCUGGUUUCCGUCCAACUACGUGACGGAGGACGUGGAUGGGACGGCGGGGGGAGGGGGCAUGGGUGGAGUGGGAGACCCGGCGGGAUCGCUAACGGAGAAGCUGGCGGCUGUAGUGAACAGCACCACGAACGGGAACAGAGUGCUGCACACGGUUCAGGCGCUCUAUCCUUUCAGCUCAGGCAACGACGAGGAGCUGAACUUUGAGAAAGGCGAGGUGAUGGAGGUGGUGGAGAAGCCUGAGAACGAUCCGGAGUGGUGGAAGUGUCGCAAAGCAGAUGGACAGCUGGGCUUGGUGCCUAAAAACUACGUCACCGUGCUGGACUCCACCUCCCAUAAGCCCGCAGCGGGGCCUGCCGGGCCACCCACACCUGACUGUGACUACAUCUCGCCCUCGGGCAGCGGGCGCUUCGCGGGGAAGGAGUGGUACUACGGAAAGGUGACGCGCCACCAGGCGGAGGUAGCCCUCAACCAGAGAGGCAUAGAGGGAGACUUCCUCAUCCGAGACAGCGAGUCAUCGCCAAAUGAUUUCUCCAUCUCCCUGAAGGCGCAGAGCAAGAACAAGCAUUUCAAAGUGCAGCUGAAGGAAAACCUUUACUGCAUUGGACAGCGCAAGUUCAACUCUAUGGAAGAGCUUGUUGAACACUACAAAAAGGCCCCAAUCUUCACCAGUGAGCAGGGAGACAAACUGUACCUGAUCAAGGCCCUGGCCGCCUCCUGAUCCCUCUCUGUUACACACACACGCACUUCCACUCAGACACCACACCUAAACAUUAACUGCAUCCAUAUAUAUACAUACAGAUACUUACGGCAGAACACACACUAACAUUUAAACUCCAAGCCUGAGGACUUAACACAUCAUCAGGACUUCAAUGCCCGAUUUGUGAGCAUUCCAAGAGGAGGUAUGGAAAAGACAUGGGAGACACAGACGAAUGGGAGGGGGGAGACGAAAGACUAUGGACUCCUGAGAGUUGACUACAGACCUCUUGGUCGCCUAUUUUAAAUUAUCCAGAUGUGUUAGGUCAUAGGCAAUGCCAUGUAUUUCCACCUUGAUAUCUAUUAGAGUUGCAUUUAGUUUCCUUUUUUUUUUGUUUUUGUUGAUAAUAUAUAAUCUUUUUAACAGUUUCUUUUUUUUUUUAAAUUUGAUUUUUAACCGUAUCCAACAAGAAAAAUCACCCAUUUUUCAGAUGAUAGCAAACUAGCCUACUAGCGGUCCACAUUUCAACUCAUUUUUGUGUCGUCUGUCUUAAUUCGUUCUAUUGUGGACACACUAAUCCACAACUUCUGCUAACUCUGCUAAAUCAUGAAUAAAAAUUUAAGUGAC